UGAUAACAGACACUGCAGAUGAUAUGGCCACAGGUUGUCACAGCCAAUUUUCGAUCAGCACUGGGGGAAAGGAAGCAGGAGUUGCAGCAGAUCCAGUUAGACAUCUGAAGACCUGCAAAAGAAGAGACCACCGUGAGAUAGCCUUUCCCCAGCAAAGACUGCAAACCUUGUGGAGUUGGUUUGGAAGCAAAGGUAGUGCUGACCAGAGGCGUGAGCUGUGAAGUGACGCCAAAGUGAGGGGAGUGGGUGAACGCCUUCAAAUCCCAUGGCUCCAACAAGAAAUAACCUGAAGAUUCAUUCCUACUGUCGGGAUUGUAAACAACACUCAGGAGGAAUAUUCCCUCUCCAGUACUCACCAGUCACCAGCAUGUCCUCAGGAAUCUCCUCAAUGAUGCAUUUUUCCUCCUGCUCUCCGAGAUCGAAAUACAUCGCCGCUGCCAACAUCAGGUCCCCUACGAGACUCUGAACAAACGCUUCAGAGCAGCUCAGAAGAACAUCGACCGGGAGACGAGCCACGUGACGAUGGUGGUUGCAGAGCUGGAGAAGACCCUGAGCAGCUUUCCGGUGGUUGACUCCGUGGUGUCACUUCUGGAUGGAGUGGUGGAGAAACUCAGCGCCCUGAAGAGGAAGGCUGCUGAGUCUAUCCAAGCAGAAGAUGAGAGCGCCAAGCUGUGUAAGCGUCGUAUCGAGCACUUAAAGGAGCACAGCAGCGACCAGCCAGCCUCAGUCAACCUGUGGAAGAAGAAACGCAUGGACCGCAUGAUGGUGGAGCAUCUGCUACGCUGCGGCUACUACAACACAGCUGUUAAACUGGCCAGACAGAGUGGUAUAGAGGAUCUGGUGAACAUUGAGAUGUUCCUCACAGCUAAGGAGGUGGAAGAGUCUCUGGAGAGGCAGGAGACAGCCACCUGCCUAGCCUGGUGCCACGACAAUAAGUCUCGCCUCCGCAAGAUGAAGAGUUGUCUUGAGUUCAGUCUGAGAAUCCAGGAGUUCAUUGAGCUCAUCAGACAAAACAAACGCAUGGAUGCAGUCAGACAUGCAAGGAAACACUUCAGCCAAGCAGAGGGUGGACAGUUGGAUGAGGUUCGGCAGGUGAUGGGGAUGCUGGCCUUCCCAUCAGAUACACACAUCUCCCCAUACAAGGAUCUUUUGGAUCCAGCCCGCUGGAAGAUGUUGAUCCAGCAGUUCCGAUAUGACAACUACAGACUGCACCAGCUUGGAAACAACUCUGUCUUCACGAUCACUCUACAAGCUGGUCUGUCUGCCAUCAAGACACCUCAAUGCUACAAGGAGGAUGGUACCUCUAAGAACCCAGACUGCCCAGUGUGCAGUAAAUCUCUAAACAAGUUGGCCCAGCCACUUCCCAUGGCCCACUGUGCCAACUCCAGACUAGUCUGUAAGAUCUCUGGGGAGGUCAUGAAUGAAAACAACCCUCCAAUGAUGCUUCCUAAUGGAUAUGUCUAUGGCUACAAUUCCCUUCUGUCCAUCCGCCAAGAUGACAAAGUGGUGUGUCCCAGAACCAAAGAAGUCUUCAACUUCUCUCAGGCUGAGAAGGUCUACAUCAUGUGAUCACUCAGAUAAGCCUGUCUGAGUGUUAACAUGAUUGAAUAUGGCCUGUCAUCCUUCACCUGUGACCUGGCCUACUCAGAGAGCCACCUGUGGAGCUGUGAUCCAGUGCCCCCCCUCCCCACAAUCCCCCACAGACACACCCAAUAUGCCCCCUCCCAAUACAUGAUUGACUCCUUUUCACCUACUCCCUCCUAUUUUAUCACACAGACACUGGGCUCUUCUCCUUCCAGACUCUUAGAUGUGGCUAGAAGUCGUUUCAUCUGAUCCAUUCAAGCACAUGGACUAUCAACAUUGUCAUUAUCUUACAGGCUUUCACUCUGAAGAUUAGAAACUAGAGAAAAGGACUUGGAGGGGGGGAGGGAGGGGGGUUAAAAACUGCUAGGUAGAUGUUUGAUUUUACUACAGCAAAUAAAAACUUGUUGAGGUUACUUUGCCUUUUCCUUUUUACUAGUUGUGUUCCUUUGUUACUUAAAUAACAUGUGGCAGGACUGUGUUAACUCACUUCAUUAACCAGAUUAACACAUGAGAUUUGGGCCUUUUUUAAAACAAACAUGGCUGCCUGGUCUCAUAGUAGCAUCUUAUUACGUGAUGCAUGCUGUUGUCUUCUAGCCAUGUGUUUUUUGGUGGGUUGUUAAGGGCAUAUGUGUUAAAUGCCUCCGUUAAACUCUAACAUUUUUGCAUCUCACCGCUGCUUGGCUGUGAAAUUGGAGCCUGAUUGGGCUGCACUAGGCUCCUGUUCAAAUGUAAAUAUUAGAUAGAAAUUGAUCAUCCUCGUGUAUAAAUUUAGGGGGUUUCCAGACAAGUAAUGACAACAAAGAUUAACCUUCUAUGAAGAUUGCUGUGUGAACUAAACAAGUCUUUUCUUGGCUGUUGUUAUCCUGAUAUAGCCCACAGUAUCCUCAAGUUAACUGGCUCUUCAGUAUAACUUAUCAUUUCUGAAGAAGCUGAUCGUUUCACUUGAUAAUAUUAGUUAUGGUGUUUUUACUACCAUAAUGAAGUUUACGCAAUAUUCAAACAAGACAACCAUCUCUGAUGUUUUUUUUUUAAUGAAAAAGAUGUCUUCCUUUGUGUGUGAGAUUUGCCAUUUCCAGCUCAACUCAACCAGUUUCUCUUCUUUUUCUUCAGCUAAACGAAUGAGUGCAUUUCAGUGCAGUGAAUUUAGGAUAUUCAUCAUGGGUGAUUGUAGUUAAUUCAACUUUACCCAAAUAGUUUUAAUUUCAUAACUAUUUUCCAACAUUGAACAAGAUAAUAAAGUGAAGGACUGUGCAGAUAUGUUUCUCUUUAACUCUGCUUAUGUUGAAGCUGCUUGUGGUACCAACAUUCUACAGGGUUUACACCACCUCCAUCAACAUUUCAUGUAGCUUAAUGCACAAUCUUUCCUUUAUUUGAAACAUUCAUUAAGAGACAGGGUAGAAACCUCAACUAGGCUGUUGGCUGAACAAUACUGUCUUCUCUUGCAAACUUUUAGUCAUCCUCAUUCUUUAUGACUUUCUCUAAAAGAUGGAUGGACUAGGGAACAGAAUCAGAACAGGACACACAAAUCUGCAAUGUGCAAUAGGUCAUGAAGGUUGACUUCAUUGUCAACUAAUGCACAAAUAAUUAUUAAAUUGUGAAAAUAUAACAACACCCAUACAAAGCGAUCCAAAAUGCAGUUCCAUGUUCAACAUGAUCAGUCUUGUGAUCAAUCAUUUCUUCCAUUUGUUGAUUCAUAGACAAACCAAAAGUUGCCUCAUUUGUGUCCAUUAAUGAUUUGGAACUGUAUCUGUAAAGACACACACUGUCCUGUGUGUUUGUGUUGGUAGAAUAGAUGAAGGGAUUGUUUCAUGAGCAAUAUGCCUCAUAAAAAUUUCCAUCAACUUUGA